UGAUCAUAAAAAUGCAAGAAUAUAAUGAAAAGCCGUCGACUUCGAAGUCGACAUCCAAGUCGACACCGACGACAUCAUUAACUAUCCCUAAGUCUGACUUUUUCACUAAUAGCGACCACUCGGCUGAAAACGGCGACAGAAGUUACUAUAAGGAGGUAAAGGAGCACUUGUUUAAGAUACUGGUAAUCGGCGAAUUGGGUACCGGGAAGACCAGCUUUAUUAAACGAUAUGUCCACCAGUUUUUCUCACAGCAUUAUAGGGCAACCAUAGGUGUAGAUUUUGCCUUAAAAGUUAUUAAUUAUGAUGAAAAUACGUUAAUACGACUACAACUCUGGGAUAUUGCCGGUCAGGAGAGGUUUGGUAACAUGACCCGGGUCUAUUAUAAGGAAGCUGUGGGCGCUUUCCUAGUUUUCGACGUAAGCCGUCCGACAACCUUUGAAGCCAUUCUUAAAUGGAAACAUGAUUUGGACACAAAAGUGUGUUUACCUGACGGCUCUCCCAUCCCAUGUCUUCUAUUAGCAAAUAAAUGCGAUAUGCCUAAAGAAGGGCCGGCUAACAGUCCCGAAGUUUUGGACAAGUUUUGUGAUGAACAAGGAUUUGUUGGCUGGUAUUACACGUCGGCGAAAGAUAACAUUAAUGUGGAAGAAUCGGCCAAAUAUCUGGUGUCAAAGAUACUCCAAAGACAAAAGAGUCUACAGUUAGAAGAGUCGGCUAACAAUGAUAUAUUGAUUCUCGAUUACAGCAGUCAUGGCGACAGUUCCCGAAAAAGAUGUGCCAACUGUUAGACUGUUUGAUGGAUAACUCAUUUGUUCAACAAUUCACAAACAUUUGGUUUAAUUUAUUGAGUUUUUUCUUAUAUCAAAUACAAACAUAUUUAAAGCAUAAUCUUGUGGUAUAUAAUGUGUUGAAAAAACAUUUUGUGGAUCC